AUGGAGGAGGACCAAAGUCAGAUGACCAAGAGGAUAUUGGACCUCACCCUGGAGAUCAUCUACCUGCUGACCGGAGAGGUGAGGAGGAAGUCAGGUGAUCAUAUGACCAUCACAGUGCCUCCAUGUGACUCCCUAAACCCCGAGAGACACAACAUGGAGAAGAUUCUAGAAGUCACCAAGAAGAUGAUGGAGCUGCUGACAGGAGAGGUUCCUAUAAGGUGUCAGGGUGUCACUGUCUAUUUCUCCAUGGAGGAGUGGGAGUAUUUAGAAGGACACAAGGAUCUCUACAAGGACGUCAUGAUGGACAAUCAGCCGCCCCUCACAUCACCGGAUGGAUCCAGUCAUGGGAACCCACCAGAGAGAUGUCCCGGUCCUCUGUAUUCCUGGGAUUCCACACAGGAAGGUCACACCAUCCCUCACCAUCAUCAGGUAGAUGGAUCCAGUCAUGGGAACCCACCAGAGAGAUGUCCCCAUCCUCUGUAUUCCCGGGAUUCCACACAGGAAGGUCACACCAUCCCUCACCAUCAUCAGAGUGAAGAGCUGAUUUACAUGAAAGUUGAGGUUAAAGAGGACGAGGAGGAGACAUGUGUGCGGGAUGAUCAGCCAUCUACGGUGACAAUUAAAGAUAAGGAAUCUUCUCGAGAUAUCCGCACAGGUGGAUGGAUGCCAUGUCUGGAACACCUCAGAAGGACAUCUUAUUUUAUCUACUGAUUAUAACACAGGAGAACGAGGCGGAAAAAAAGGAAGCGGUUACCGUUCCAAACUCCUCAAUGGCGAGAAGCCCUUUUGCUGCCCGCAAUGUGGAAAAUGCUUUGUUUGGAGAGGAGACCUUCUUAGACACCAGAGAAGUCACACGGGCGAGCGCCCUUUUUCGUGUUUAGAGUGCGGAAAAUGUUUCACGCAGAAAGCUAAUCUCAUAGUGCAUGAACGGUUUCACACUGGAGUGAGGCCCUAUUCUUGCUCGGAGUGUGGGAAAUGUUUUACUCGGAAAGGAGAUCUUCUUAGACACCAGAGAACUCACACGGGCGAGCGUCCAUUUUCCUGUUUGGACUGUGGGAAAAGUUUCACGCAGAAAGCGAGUCUCAUUCUGCACGAGCGGCUUCACACCGGAGUGCGGCCAUAUUCUUGUUCGGAGUGCGGGAAAAGUUUCACUCAAAAAGGAGACCUUCUUACACACCAGAGCAGCCAUAUGGUCGAGCGUCCCUUUUCAUGUGCAGAAUGUGAGAAGACGUUCAAGAAGAAAUCUGAACUUGUCCUACACCAGAGAGUCCACACCGGGGAGACCUUUGCAUGCUCUGUGUGUGGGAAAUCAUUCACAAAGAAAUACAAACUUGUUACACACGAGAGAGUCCACACUGGAGAAAAGCCCUUUCCUUGUUCCGAGUGCGGGAAAUGUUUUUCGAUUAAAGGGAACCUUAGUAAGCAUAUGAAGUGCCACACCAGUGAGAAGCCGUUUUCCUGUUCCACGUGCGGGAAAUGUUUCACCUUUAAAAACAGUUUUAUCAGGCAUCAGAAAGUCCAUUCUGGGGAGAAUGCAGGCCCACAAAGUGCAGGAAAUGUU